AUCAUCUUCUGAUCGGAUCAGCAACCCUCCAGCAGAACCUCUCUCCAUCUGAGACCCUCCACUGACAACCAUCCACCAUGUCGUUUGCGAGCUUUAAGGGCCGCUACCAGAGGCCGGUUCCGACCACCAACCUCAUGGUCAACGAGGAAGACUUUGACCGUUUUGAACAGUUGGACGAUGACUCGGACUUCAUGCCCCGAGCUCCUCCUCCUGGAGUUGAAGCGCUGAGUGUGGUGGGUGUCAACACCAGGCAGGACCUGAACGAAGGGCCACACAACACCCACGAUUACGUCACCAAUCAGCUAGUGGUCCGACGCGGGCAGCAGUUCACCAUCGAUGUUACCUUCAACCGCCCUCUGACACCACAAGAUGACUUCCAGGUGGAGUUCCUGAUUGGCUCUGACCCCUCCCCCAACAAGGGCUCCCUGGUGGUGGUGACCUUUGGGAACCGUCCUGGUGGAUCGUGGACGGGCCAGAUUGUUGGCGCUCAGGGCCCUGUGACGUCCCUCGGCAUAACGCCAAACCCCAGGGCUAUCGUGGGUUUGUAUCGUUUAUAUGUGGCUGUGAGUGUGGGAAGCAGCCUGCAGCGCACCGAUAGAAACCCUGCCACCGACCUGUACGUGCUGUUCAACCCCUGGUGUCCAAAUGAUGACGUGUUUUAUCCUGACGAUGCUGGACGCUACGAGUACGUCUUGAACUCCACCGGUCUGAUCUACCAGGGAACGAAUACGGCAGUGACGGAGCGCGGUUGGGUUUACGGACAGUUUGAGGCGGGCGUUUUAGAUGCUUGUAUUUACAUCUUGGAUACCUGCCGGAUGCCCAUUGAUAAUCGGGAUGAUGUCAUCAAAAUCGUUCGAACAGCCUCGGCCAUGAUCAACUCUCAGGAUGACAAUGGAGUGUUGGUGGGAAACUGGGGAGAGGAUUUCUCCAUGGGAACGGCCCCAACAUCCUGGACUGGGAGUUCUGCAAUUCUGCUCCAGUACCACAACACUGGUGCGCCUGUGUCGUUUGCCCAGUGUUGGGUUUACGCCGCAGUCCUGAACACCUUCCUUCGCUGCCUCGGCAUUCCAACCAGACUCAUCACCAACUUCAACUCAGCCCACGAUAACAACGGAAACCUGAAGAUCGAACUGAUCUUCAAAGCCGAUGGCUCACCGGACCGACGCAACACCAGAGACUCCAUCUGGAACUACCACUGCUGGAAUGAAGCCUUCAUGAAACGUUCAGAUUUACCUACCCAAUACUCCGGCUGGCAGGUGGUGGACGCCACGCCCCAAGAAACCAGCGAUGGUUACUUCCGCUGUGGUCCAGCUGCCAUUGCUGCUGUCAAAGAGGGUGACCUGUGUUACCCGUUUGACUCUGGCUUCGUCUUUGCUGAGGUGAACAGUGAUGUAAUAUACUUGAAAAGCGAUCGUUAUGGCAACAUGACUCCGUUCCGGGUGGACACAGCUUAUACUGGAAUCCUCAUGUACACCAAAGCUGUGGGCAGCUGGUCUCCUGAGGACAUCACACACAACUACAAGUAUCCUGAAGGCAGUCCUCAGGACAAGCAGUCCAUGGCUCGGGCCGAACAGUACGGAUGUCAGCGGGAUCACUCCGACGUUCCUGCUGGGAAGCUGACCCUUGACAUCACGUCUGAAUCGACUCUCGUCGGGCAGCCUGUGAGGAUCCUGGUGACCUUCUACAACCAAAGUGAGCUCCAUAAGACCGCGAAAGCCCACAUAGAGGUCUCCAUGGUCUACUACACUGGAGUCGUAUCAGAGAAGUUCUGGAUGGAGGACUUCACCCUUCAGCUGGAGGCCUUCCACAACAACAGCGCCAUGUUUGAGGUCAAACCUCAGGACUACAUCAAGUUCAUGGGCUCCAAGGCCUACCUGCACAUCGUUGUGACUGGACAGUCGGACACGGAGACCACCUCUCAGGUGAAGGUGGUCAGCCUGAAGCCCCCUCCAGUCAGCAUCGUGCUGAGUGGACAACCCCAGCUGAACCGGGAGAUGUAUGUCACCGUCUCCUUCAGGAACACCCUGAACAUGAUGCUCCACAACGCCAAGAUGAUGAUCGAGGGAGCUGGUCUGAUGGACACCAGAGUGUUCAACUACAGCACCAUCGGCCCAUUCGCUGAGGUCUCCCAGAAGGUGAGGUUCAUCCCCCGGAAGCCAGGAGUCAGAACCAUAGUGGCUCUGCUGGACUGCCAGAACCUACCAGAGGCGACCUCCAUGGUGGAAGUUCGCAUCCUGCAGUAAACAUCCCAAGAAUCACAACAAUAAUCAUCGCUUUCCUUUUCCAAAUCACUUUAAAGCAGAAAUAAUGAUUUUAUUCUUAUUUUCUUCCUCAGGUUAGAAGGUUUUUCCUUCAGUUUAUUUAGUUUGAGUCCCUUUAAUAAAGCUUUCAUUUUUCACUUAUUCAUAAAUUCAUCAAACAUGAAAUCAAACCAGAUCAGUGGAAGAUGCUGCUUCAUUAACUGUUACAGUAAAGCUUUGUUGUAAACAAACACUUUUAUUGUUAAAACGAAGACCAUGCUUUCUUCUAAUGGAAACAUGUAGCGCAGCAUCUUUACGUUUUAGAUUUAAAUAACAUUUUUAAAUAAUUAAAACUGAAAUAAAAACUCAAACUUUAUUUGUACAAAUUUUACAAAAAUCCUGUAAAAUCUGACUUUUUUUUCAAAGUUUUAUCAGGUUAAAAACCUUUAAAAAUCAAAUCCAGACGUUUAUUGUGAAGGACAGGAGAAGGAACCAAUCAGAAGAGCCAUCAGACCCAGGCCCCGCCCCUUCACCUGAUGACUGGAACAAACCUCUGAAUUAAAACAGCUUCUGUGCUGAGAUUUUUUCCUGACUGCCUCUGAACUGAACUGAUUUCAUGUAUAAACAAUA